AUGGCCACCCAGUUGCUUACAUUGCUCCUAAUGUUUAUGGCGACCCUCAUGGAGGCAUUGCAUAUGCAUUUUCAAAGCUAUGUUGACAAAAUGACUAUUAGCUUAGCCGUUGACCCAGAUGCAAUACCUAAUCCUAAUAAAUUGUUGGACGAUUUAGAAGAAUCACUCAAACUCAGCCGUGAUGCUGUUGUUGUAGAAAAAGGGCUCACCAUGGAAGCUGCUGUCUAG